AUGGAUGGAUCAAUGGGUAUAGAAGAACUGACAAGGCGGCUGCGAGAGGCGGAGCAACGCGCCGAGGAAGCAGAGAGAGAACGGCAGGAAGAGCGAGAACGCGCCGAGAGGGAACAGCAACGCGCCGAGGAAGCAGAGAGAGAACGACAGGAGGAGCGACAACGCGCCGAGAGGGAACAGCAACGCGCCGAGGAAGCAGAGAGAGAACGACAGGAGGAGCGACAACGCGCCGAGAGGGAACAGCAACGCGCCGAGAGGGAACAGCAACGCGCUGAAGCGUCAGAGCAACAAACCCAGCCCACCACACUCGACGAAUACAUUGCUGCCUGCCAUUCUUGUGUAUUCUCCAGCUUUGACAUUGAACGGAACCCGAAAUUGACAUCGAAGGGCCCCAUCACCAAUCCGCGAAACAAAUGGUGUCCCACAAAUCUCCGACCAUGGCCUGACUUUAUUCAGCAACAGAGAAUCACAUUCGGCACGCUCUACGACACCUUCCCUACCGACAGUCGCCUUUUCGAGAACCGAGCCUUCCUCGUCGGCUUAGGAAACCGGAUCUCGAAGCGCAGGAUAGCAGACGAGAAGACGCUCGAGUACUUCCUGCACAACAGCGUCGAGGAUCCCGUCAGGGCGAUCAUAGACCAGCUCAAAGAGGUGGAAGAGGUCAGAAGCGCAUUUCAUCUGGGAAACGGCAUCGUUUUCGAGAACCAUCCGCAUGCCAUCAGCGACCUUGCUGAGGAGGUCGUCGACCGCGACACCCCAUCAACACCACCGUCCACGCCAGACCACGGCCUCGAUCUCAACCAGCUACGACCCGAUCAGAUCUGCGUCUACCGAUCCAACAAUGCGGGCUCGGCGAGACGCACAAUGGUUUACAUUUCCGAGUAUAAGACGCCUCACAAGUUGACCGCGCCGCACCUUCGUCUCGGACUGCGGCCGAUGGAUAUCUACAAGGACGUGGUCAACCGGAAGACUAUCCCGACGUCGGUGGACCCAGAGGCACGUUUCCAGUAUCACGCGGAGAGGCUGACUGCAGCCGCCAUCACGCAGACCUACCACUACAUGAUCGAGGGGGGGCUCGAGUACGGUCUAUUGACGACGGGCGAGGCGAUCGUGUUUCUCAAGGUCGACUGGCGGGAGCCUGAGACGCUUUUCUAUCACCUAGCAGAGCCUGGUGCCGAAGUGUUGGCCCAUCCAAAUCAUCUUCACUUGUGCACGGCAGUGGGGCAGUAUCUGGCCUUUAGUCUCAUGGCGCUGGGUCUGCCGGGUGAACGGCGGUUGCGUGGGCAAGACGAGCGCCGCCAAGCUACGGAAAAAUUGAAGACGUGGAUGGAAGAUUUCGAGACGACGCUACGAUCGAUUCCGGAGGACGAACGACAGGCGCCGGAUAGUUCACCCGGCUACCAGCCUGAAGCGUACGAGGGUGUCGACCGAUCUCCGUGCCUUCUCCGAGGAAAGAGACGGCGACGUGUGGGAGAUGAGCCCGUGAGGGAACAUGACCAAAGGGAGCCAGGAGAAUCAUCUGACGACGAGGCAGCACGGGACCUGCCAGACACGCCGAGCCCGACAGAACGGCGGGUACGUCAAGAAGGCCGGGGAGGUCAGGGAACUCGACGCAGUAAGCGGAUUCUAGCGCGGCGGCCGCGGGGCGGGGGCGGAGGAGGGGGAGGAAGCAACGAGCAAGACAGGCCCUACUGCACCCAAAAGUGCCUGUUAGGGCUCGUCAACGGCCGGGUUCUCGACGCAAGAUGCCCGAACAUGGCACUUCACAACAGGCAGCCCGAGAAUCACCGCAGUCACUGCCGUGGCCCAAGCCGCAGCUGUGUCCGUCAUCCAAUCGAUCACGCUCAAUUCCUUGAGCUUCUCUGGGAACAGCUAGAACGGACACUAGACGACGGGAUCACGCCGUUGGGGCAGGGUGGUGCGCGCGGCGUACUGUUCAAGGUGAGCCUGCUUGCGUAUGGCUAUACCUUCGUUAGCAAGGGCACGGUUCGGGCAUUUGCCAAAGACCUUGAGCACGAGGCGGCGGUUUACAAACGUCUGCAGCCGGUCCAAGGUACUCACGUGCCCGUGUUCCUCGGGACCAUCGACCUCCGAUUGAUGGACAGGAUUUAUUACUAUGACCACCGAGUGUAUGUGGUACACAUGACAUUUCUGUCGUGGGGAGGAUAUGACCUUGAUUCGACAGGAAUUGUGGGUGGCGGGGGUGAACAGCUCGAAGGGAAGGCGAUGCGGUCGUUGCGCGCAAUACAUCAACAGGGCGUAGUCCACAAGGAUGUACGGACGGCAAACAUGCUGUUCAAUGCGGAGAUUAACGGGGUUAUGAUGAUCGACUUUGAAAGAGCGCUGCUGCUGGAGCCACCCCGUCGUCCGUUGGCUCAGCUGGUGCCGAACAAGCGAGGAUGGAAGCCAGAGGCGAAAGAUUCCAGCAAGUCGGCACAGAAAUCAAGCGAUCGAGGUCCGGUCAGCGGGGCAUUUUCCGAGGACAUUGGGAUGAUGAAGAUGGUAUUCGGAGAACUAUGUCACAGCCUGCGCACUAAUUGCAUAUAA